AUGGCGUCGCCAUUCAGGGUCAAGGCCAUCUACGACUAUUCGUCGCCCCACGAGGACGACCUCAACUUUGGCACUGGCCAAAUCAUCACCGUGACCGAUGAAGAAGACGCCGACUGGUAUAGCGGGGAAUACCUCGGUGACGAUGGUGUCAAGCAUGAGGGCAUCUUCCCCCGCAACUUUGUCGAGAAGUUCGAGCCCACCGCGCCCCCGAGGCCGUCGCGCACCCGUACCAAGAAGGAGCCCGAACCUGCUCACGCCGACGAUGCCACUGCUCCUCCCCCACCGCCACCUGCGCAACAAGAGGCCCCUCCUGUCCCCGAGCCCGAGCCUGAAGUUGAGGAAGUCUACAAGCCCGUCCAAACACCUGUUGUACCCGAACCGGUAGCUCCGGCAGCUCCGGAACCCAUACCAUCGAAGCCCGUCGAGUCCAUUCCUGUUCCCGCACCCCCUCCUGCUGCCCCGAGGACGGUCGAAGCCCCUGUUGCUGUCCCAGCUCCUGCUCCCGCACCCGCUCCCGCACCCGCUCCAGCUCCUGUUGCUGCUCCUGCUGCUCCUGUUGCUCCCAAGCCUAAGCCUGGUCCUCCUCCGGUCUCCGAGAAACCUACAAGAAACUCGUUCAAGGAUCGCAUUGCCGCAUUUAAUAAACCCGCAGCGCCUCCAGUAGCCCCCUUCAAGCCGAGUGGUCUGACUGGGCCUACGGGGGGCUUCAUAAGGAAGCCUUUCGUGGCCCCUCCACCGAGUCGAAACGCCUAUAUCCCUCCUCCGCAACAGGCUCCAACGGCCAAGGUCUACCGACGUGAUGAGGAUCCCGAGAUUAGGGAGAGGGAGGCUGAGAACCAGGGGCAGGCAGAAAGGGCUGGCCUGGCACCAACGGAAUCUCAAGAGGACGGUGGCGAAGACCAGCCGAAACCUACAAGCCUCAAGGAACGCAUUGCUUUAUUGCAGAAGCAACAAAUGGAACAGGCAAAUCGACAUGCCGAUGCAGCUUCCAAGAAGGAGAAGCCUAAACGACCCCAGAAGAAGCGGGAGAGCAUUGGUCACGCCGAGGCUCUGGUCGAGGCUGAGGAACCCUCUCCGCCACCUGCCGCUCCUCUGGAGCGCCGGGAUACUGAGGAGACAGGAACAAGAACCUCUACCGAUGAACCCCUACCUCCACGCAUGCCUCCCCCUCCCCGUCGCAAGUCCUCCAAGGGACCUGCGGUGGAGCCCGUCCAUGAUGGCAACGAGGCAGAUAUGUCUGGAGCUGGCGAUACGACUGAGGGUAAUGAUGACUUGACGGAGCGAGACGAUAGCGACCCCGUCUCUCGACGUGCCUCUCGAGUACCCACUCUACCUAUACAACCUGUCGCUGCUGCUCCACCACAACCGAAAGACGAGAGUGGCGACGAGGCGGCAGAAGAUGAUGAAGACGUUGACCCCGAAGUCAGGCGCAAGGAGGAGCUCAGGGCGAGAAUGGCCAAGAUGAGCGGCGGCAUGGGUUUCCAUGGCAUGUUUGGCGGGCCAAUGCCCCCUGCUCCACCGCCCAAGAAGAAGAAGGCUCCCAAGGCUGAGCAAUCGCCCGUUGGCGAAGAUGCUGAGGAAAUGUCUCCCUCUUCUCGUGCCCCUCCUCCUAUCCCAACUAUGAUGGCUCUUCCGGGUAUGGGAGGUCCCAGGAAGUCUGAGGAGGCUACGCGACCAGGCGACGAGGCCGAACAAGCUUCUCGACCCCCGCCACCUCCAAUCCCGUCUAUUCCUCCCCGAGUAGUCGAAGAUGAGCAAGAUAACGACGACGAAGACGAAGCGACCACCCCCGCACCUAUGAGCACCCCAGCGAUUCCCUCCCGAGAUGCCGUGGCUCCUCAAAUUCCCGGUGGUCGGCCAGUGCCACCUCCUGUACCCUCUGAAGCCCGGCCACCACCUCCACCACCUCCUGCCGAUAUGAAGUCCCAAACGGAGGGAUCCGAGUCUGAUGACGAGCUCUCCAGCCGAGACCGAAAUGAUGACAGCACCAUCGAGCAGCCUUCUGCAGUUGCCAGGUCUCCUCCUAUGCCACCGCCGCCUGUACAACCCCCAAGCCUGCCCAUCCGAUCUCCGUCCAAGUCAGUCGACCACGACGAGUUUAUCCCCGCGUCUCCUACCACUACGGUGAACAAGCGCCUCAGCCGCCCACCACCUCCAAUCCCUGGAUCCGUACCAGUUCCCCCUCCUGCGCAAAGUCGGCCACCUCCCCCACCUCCCCCGGGAGGACUCCGCCGACAGUCCACGGUAGACACCCCAACGCCGAAUCCUUCAAGACCGUCACAGGCAGGCGAGGAAGAGGAUGAGGAGGUCACCGAGUACGAGGGCGACUACGACACUGAUAUUGCCUCUUCGGCCCCCCACAAGGACGCUCUGAAAGCCCAUGCCCGGGACUCGAGUCUCGAGGAGAACUCGCUGAAGUCUCCCACCACAGAUGCUCCUCCUAUUUUACCACCCGCGAUUCCGACAGCAGCAGCUCCGAGAGCUGUUCCGCCUCCAGUUCCACCACCAGUUCCUACUCACCUUCCCCCUUCAGACACGCGAAGGUCUGUUGACGUGCCUCGGGUGGCUCCUCCGCCUCCGCCUCCGCCUCCGACAAACCUCGCUUCCCCUCAACUUGAUGAAGACUACGACCCUUACAACUACUCGGCGGCAACUACUCCCGGAGCCUUCUCGCACAGGACUCCCAUGAUCGAGGAGGAGGAAAUGUUCCCAGGAUCCCCAUCACAGGCUUCUCCUCUUGAUCGGAGACCCCCUCCGCCAGCUGCUGCUGGUCGUGGUCGGCAGUCGCUUGAUGUGUCAAGGGCAGGCAGGCGAUCAGUCGAUAUGCACCGACCCUCGAUGGAGUCGGGUUUCAUUGCCAACGACAUUGACCUAGCGGUGCAGAGUGGCUGGUGGAAACAAACGAACCAGGUGCCCCCUGUUCUCCAAGGCCGCAAGGAUAUCUUCUUCGAGAGCGAGGAGACGACAUCCACCAACGGCGGACAGAAGACCAUCAUCACACGCGAGGUCUUCGUCUUAUACCAGGAUUACUCGCAAACGUUCCUCACAAUCCGCUACGACCCCUACAACCCUUCUGACGUCAACGUCGAGCAACGCCACGAGCCGCCACCACGACCCCUUCGCCAGGACCAGAUGGAGGAGUUUUACGAGCGGUUCGGCCGCCUUAUCUCGAACGCCGUUGCGGCCAAGAAAGAAACCGUUGUUGGUGACGGCACGCCGCAGGGCCUCGUUUUCGAGUUGCUGAGCCCCUUCAAGGAUGCACUUGCGCCCAUCGGUACCCGUGCCUACGGCGCCCUCGUAUACUCCAAUAUGGCCAAUGCCUCGACGCAACAGAACGACAUGAUUCGGCCUGGUGACAUCCUGACCAUCCGCAACGCCCGCUUCCAAGGCAAACACGGUCCCAUGCAUGCCAAGUACUCCGUCGAAGUAGGUAAGCCAGAUCACGUUGCCAUCGUAUCCGAGUGGGACGGCACCAAGAAGAAGGUGCGUGCGUGGGAACAGGGACGUGAGAGCAAAAAGGUCAAGGUUGAGAGCUUCAAGCUCGACGAUCUGCGGAGCGGCGAGGUCAAGAUUUGGCGUGUUAUGCCACGAAGCUGGGUUGGCUGGAACAGCCAGCCCUAG